UCGAAUGAUGAUUUAUGAUGCAUUUUAUAUACCAAGUUAUCAAUUUGUUAUGAAUUAUAAUUGAUGACAGUCCAUGUCAUGUCAAACAUUUAUUUUCUUUAAAUAAAUUCAAGUAAUUUAUUAAUAUACCAGACAUAAUUAAUAUUAAUAUGUUUCGUGAUUCAGCUAAAAUAAUUGUUGAUGACAAUGAUGCACCAUCAGCGUCAUAUAUUAGUAAUGUACGUAUGGAAGAUUUGAUAGAAAAAUUAAAAAUAUUAAAUUAUGACAAUGAAUUUGUUCAAGAAUUAAAAAUGAAACCAAUCAAUAGGCAUUAUUUUGUGAUACCGACAAAUCCUGGCGAGCAGUUUUAUUUAUUUUCAUCGUUAGCUGCCUGGUUGGUAAGGAAAGCUGGUAAAAAUUUUGAACAACCCCAAGAAUCAGACGAUCCUAAUGCUACGAUAGCAUUGAUCUUGGAUCAUGUCAAAGAAAUAGCCGCAGUUGAGUUUCCCCCGAAUAAAUUAAAGCAGGGUGUUGGUGAACAUGCGAUUUAUGUGCUGGACAAUUUGGCUGACCAGGCGAUAAAAGUAUCGAAGUUCAAAUGGAAAAAAGCUGAAAUUCCAGCGGAUGAGCCGGAUCAGGAGCCAGAAAUAGAAGACGAUGAGGCUGAGUUGAUUUUAGAAAAAGUUGAGGAAGAAAUGAUGGCUGAUUAUGAUGACGAGGAUGAUGACAUACUGCACAUUGAUGACAUUACUAAACUAUAUGGCAAGACAAUGGAAGACGUACAGAAGCCGGACAAUAUAUUGGAAUCUCAAACAGAUGCUGAAGAGUGGAAGCUUGAGCUGGAACGUGUUCUUCCUCAGCUAAAAGUCACCAUAAAAACUGAUUCCAGAGAUUGGAGAUCGCAUCUAGAACAGAUGAAACAGCUGAGAGCAAACAUAUCAACUGGUUUGAAUGGUACAAAGAAUCAAUUAGAUAAAUUACAUACGGACAUCGGUAACACGUUGGACAAAAUAAAAAUGCGGGAAAUGUAUCUCAAUAAACAAUUGGAGCCUACUCUAAAUGAAUUCCGAGUUCUUCAAGAGGAGUUAUUAAAAAUAAAAGAACAUUAUCGUGACGUAAGCGGCGGAGUAACGGAGCGCACCCGUACAUUAAAUAAAUUGACCGAUGAACUAGAGCAAGUGAAGAAAGAAAUGGACGAACGUGGCUCCAGUAUGACUGACGGAACGCCUCUUAUAAACAUUAAGAAAACCAUCACGAAAUUGAAAUCCGAGAUAGCGGAAAUGAACGUGAGGGUCGGAGUGCUCGAGUACACGCUGAUGUGUACGAAAAUCCGCGACAGGGCUCAGAUGCAAGAGGACAUGAACAAUACCACCAAUACAUUAAUAAUUAAAUAAACAUUUUAAAUUAUUUAUUUUUUUAAAAAUACGUCCGUCUAUUAACUGGUACUCAGGUAAAACCAGCCUACAAACUAGUCUUUUAUAAAUAAUUAUUACCGAAUACUUCCUACAAUUAUUUUAUUUAAAACAUAUUUAUUUUAAUCAUCACUUUAAUAAAUUAUUCUUGCACGAUAUUCAAAAAAAUCUAUUCAAUUUUUUUUUUAAUAAAAAAAAUCUCAACUAUAUUUUUAUUCAACUCAAUGAUGCUCUCUGUCUAUUCAUGUAUUCCCUAAUGACGCGACAUCAUUAGUAAAGAAUAUUUCUUUUAUCCGAACUC